GUAUAUGUAUAUGUAUGUAUAAUGAAUACUAUCUAUAUCUAUCUAUCUAUCUAUCUAUAUAUUUUCGGGACAGGAACCAAAACCAAUUGCGUUUUCCGGGGACAGUUUCACUUCCAUUUUCUGUGCUACACUUUUCUCAUCACAAUCUGGGGGUUCCCCCACACACUUUUCGUGGAAACCGCGUCGGACGCCGUGGCAUCAUAAUCAUCAUCCGUGGGUGUGGAAUGUGCCGACUUCGAGGAAUGCGCCGUUCCAGGAAUGGCUCCGGACGCGUUUCCUGAGAGGAAAACCACACUCAUGACCCUUCAGUCCCUUAUUUUCAUUAAAAUUGCGCAGCGCGUGACGCAACAUCUUGCGUGGUCAGGUUUCGUUUGUCAAAGCCAUGAUAAAAAUGGAAAGCGAGUUCCUCCUUCAUUUAGUCAAGACAGUGAGGAAGAAGCGCGCGGCGUUUGAUCUGAUUCACCGCUCAUAGCAUGGUAGCGCGACACAGUUUUAUCGGAGGACAGCCGCGCAGCAUCCAUCUUUGCAUCACUUUUUGCGCAGUGGCAGCCAUUUUAUUCCAAUGUGCAGCACAAUCCGGCGCCAACCUCUGCAAGAGAUGCGCCAACGAUUCGCAGCUCCUCGAACGAAUGAAGACUCAAAUCUCGUGGAACCGGCGUCCAGCUCGCGAAAUCUACGUUUCCUAUGUGACGCAGAACGGUUUGCGAGACGUCGCCGCACAGCUUUGUGAAACGGCGCCGGUUCGUUGGUUUCCGAACGAGAAUCUUGUGCAGAAAGCGGAUGGCACCAUGUUGCGAGAGCUCUACACGGCGUUGAAGAAGAUGGAGUACGCGUUGGCGCUCAUCCGAGAGCGGCAAAACCAGGAGGAUCCAUUGCGCGGAGACUUGGAAAAAGCGUCCCUCUUUGUCGCCGCGCUCCUCCAAAACACGCACUGCGCAAUUUGCCUCUGGGAAGGAGUUGUGCCGACGGGGAUUGCGCCGUUUCGGCGAACGCGCGUCGAAAAUGUUUUCUAUGAGAAGGUUGAAGGGUGUCGAAUCCUUUGGGGGUAUUCGAAAUUCCUCAGCCGUUUGGCAAAAGCGUUCGAAAGGCAGGCGAAUAGGAUGCAAAGGACCGCGCAAAAGCGCAAAACGGUGACACGGACGCGGCGGCCGGGGUGACGCACCCAAAUGAAGAAAUAGGGCUUCGUAUGUUGCUUGAAAAGAGAGUGAUGUAACGUCGAUUUGGGGGAUAUUAGGGAUGCGUUCGGAGGCCGACAUGUUGUUCGGACAUCUGGACAACUGAACAUCUGGACAACUGGACACUCCAGGCCAAAGUGACCGUCGGAGUCGAGGGAUAGAAUGAUCAAUUAUACACACACACACACACACACACACAUCUGUAUCUAUAUCUAUAUACAGUGGUGCCUCGGGUUACCCUUGGUUGGGAUUCGAAAAACCUUCGUAAGCCGAAUUGCCAUAGGCGCUA